AUGACCUCUUUGCAAGACUUGCCGCUGGAGACACUGCUGGACAUUAUAGGCUAUCUCUCACCCCGUAGCUUGUCCAACUUCGCCCUGGUUAACCACGCCUGCAGUGCUGUCUCAGAUACCCGACGCUUCCAACACAUCCGGCUCCAAACCAGGAGCAGGGAACACCUAGUCGACGACCUGAACCGCUGGCGCCGCAUCCUACGUCGCGGUUCAAGACAUAGCUAUGUCCAUCGUCUCACCAUCAGCUGUCACUGUGACUAUAAGGAAUAUAGUCGGUGGACGGGUUUUCCUGUCUGGGCUGAAGUUGAUCACUACUAUUGCACGAGCUCCCAUCACUAUGCAAGCAGUGGGAAUAAAUUCUUUUAUUUGUCUUCUCGCCCGUUGGCGUUGUCCGCGGCUGAACUUGAUGAGGAAGACGAGAUGUGGAUGCCCGUAGCGGAGUUUAUUAGUCUACUCCCGGUCUUGAAGGACCUGGUAUGGGCUAAGAACUCAUUUCCUCGCUGUGUGUUCAAUGCUUUGCAAAGCAGGCCUCAGAAGUGUAGACUGCAUAUCCUAUGUCUUUCCCUUAUAUCACUGGCGCGCAGGGGCGGGGAGGUAAACGAAUACUUCCGUCGACUUGUUGCUUCGCCCAACUUAUAUACGCUAGGGAUGCACUGGCCGUGGGAAGAGGUGCAGGGCGUUCCUGACUCCCAGGCUGCACUGCAGUUUGUUGGAAUGGUUUCAUCGCAUGUCAGAGAGGUAUAUGUGAUAGGCUCUACAGAGUUAGGUCAACAUCCCAGGCAUCCAUUGCCGUGGACAGGCACUUUCCCUGGCCUCCCUCGGGAUACGCCUCCGAGAAAACUCCAUGGACUGGGUGCCCCCAAGGGACCGGGCCAUGUGCUGUCAAGAAAUUUUUUUCAGGCCUGGAGCAGCCAUAUCCUUUUCUCUGGCCUGCGUACCCUAUCAAUUCCAUCUGGCAUGACCCCAGAUGCGGUUGAGUGGUUAGCCUUGAAUGGGCGUAUGUUUGCCUCGCUUGAUACUCUGAUCAUUUGUCUCUGCGAACCAAAAUUUCCAAUCCCUGCCCUAGAACGACAGCAGAGGGAUGAGGCUGGUGCUACCUUUCUAAGAAGCUUGCCUCCGCUUAAAAGCCUGAAGCUAAAUGGUAUCUACGGCCCCCGGAUAUUCAGUGCCAUCUUACAGUGUCACGGCCAAACGCUACAGCAGCUUCUCUUCCCGCAUGUUAGGUCGGACGUGUAUCCGUUCCCUGUUACUCUCGAGAUGACCGACGAUAUACGCAUUCACUGUCCUGAGCUACGGAAGCUCCAGCUCUCCGUCCCCCGUUCCCAGGGUGAUCAGUAUGAAGUCAGCCAGUACCGUGCUCUGAGCAGACUGGCGAAGCUGGAAGAUUUACACAUCUACUUUGUCUGCUCGGACAGUAAACGCAGUCCGCGCUUCACGGCAGAAGUCUCCUCGGUAUAUCUUAUGGACGAUGCAUACAUCCGUCGAAGGCUGGUAGACACCGCUAUCGACGCACCCCUGGCCCGCAGCAUAUUCAACAUCAUCUCCAAAACUGCUGAUGGGGACGGAACCUUUACAUUCAAAGAUCUAACUCUGCAAAUAUCGGUUGGAAAAGGUGGAGAAUCGUCGUUCCGAGUACCUACGUUUCCCUGCAACGAUCUAGGUCCUAGAUCGUAUAGGUGUGCUGUCCCUGAGGGACAAAGUGAGGCAAUCGUUGAUACCAUUGAGAUGGUGUAUCAUGAUGAGUACUGGGAUAACGUUUUGUUUCCUGAGAACAUGUGGGAGUUGGUCAAGAGCAUUUGGCCGGAAGCGCGAGAAGAUACUUGGUUGGCGGACUGCCACAGUCUGCCGCUUUAUGUUGAUAUCUAG